CCAAAAUCGCCUAGUUGCCCUAGCUCUGUUUCUCUUCAAACUUCAUUCAAUCCGCGAACCCGAACGAAAACUGAGAGCUCGGCCGUAGACCCUCUCCGAAGUUUGAACGCAUCUCUGAUGAUUUCGCUCGGAUUCUCUUCACUUCAGUGGAACAAAAGUUGAACUCGAACGCAUCUCUGAUUCGAGUAUUCGACUAAACCCUAACGCGUAUGAGGACUAAGUUCGAAAACAUCUGAGAACGCCAGAACGCAUUUCCGUCGCAUCUCACAUCUCUGAAAUUGUUACUUAAAUCCUGAAUUGCAUGUUUAUUCAGGUUAACGCGACAUUCUAUAGGAUCAAGCAUUCUCCCAUAUUAACUCCAAUGGUACAAUUUGCAGCUGACUCAAGACUACUUUUGAUUCAGCUGUUGAUUCAUUUUGUUGAACCUGUCCUUGUUACUCAUUGCAUAUAGUGAAAUUAAAGCAGUGAAUACCAGUAUGAUUUUGAUGAGUAAGUUGAUUAAGGUACAGGAGAAGUGCUUUGCAUGCGUUUGGUGUUUGAAGAGGCCAUCUAUAUGGCGAAAUGAAGUUGUCUUUCUCAUCUCUCUCAAUCUGCCAAUAAUCUCACACGACCCUAAGUCCUUCACACUUUUGUCCCUGUCUAAUCUCUCGGUUCACAUUACUCUAUCUCCCUAGUCUCUUGCACUCCGUCACUAUUCGGCCAUCGUUGUGUUUCUUUGUUGGUGGAGCUCUCUUGCCUCUCCUUCACUAAUCUCUUAGAUCUGGUGCUCUCACGUUGGGUACAGAAGUAACAGUUAAGGGGUCAAUCAAGUGAGCUGAAGCACUUGUUUUCAAUUCUCAAUAUAGGAGAGUUGUUGGAAUCUUUGUAUUAUGGCUUGUUCAGAGCCUCCAAACUCUUUAGACUAUGUCCAAGUGAAUGUUGGCCAAAGGAAGCCUCGGAUUCUUCUUGCUGCAAGUGGAAGUGUUGCUGCUAUAAAGUUUGCAAAUCUUUGUCACUGUUUCUCUGAAUGGGCAGAAGUAAAAGGAGUUGCCACAUCAGCGUCUUUGCAUUUCAUUGAUAGAACGGCUAUUCCCAAGGAUGUGAUUUUAUAUACUGAUGAAGAUGAAUGGUCUAGCUGGAAAAAGCUAGGUGAUAGUGUGCUUCACAUUGAACUUCGUAAAUGGGCUGAUAUCAUGGUGAUCGCUCCAUUAUCGGCAAAUACUCUAGCCAAGAUUGCUGGAGGGUUGUGUGACAAUCUAUUGACAUGUAUUGUAAGAGCAUGGGACUACAGCAAACCCCUCUUUGUUGCACCAGCCAUGAACACUUUUAUGUGGAACAAUCCUUUCACAGAAAGGCAUCUCAUCGCCAUUGAUGAGCUUGGCAUUAAUCUCAUCCCGCCUGUUACAAAGAGGUUGGCUUGUGGGGAUUAUGGGAAUGGUGCAAUGGCUGAAUCUUCUACCAUUUUUUCAACUGUAAGACUCUUCUUUGAGUCCAAGGCUCAUCAAGGUAAUGGUAAUAUUUCAUGAUUAUAACACUAUCUGUAAAGAUGCCUUGGUAGGACUUGUUGGUUUGAUGUUCUGAAUCUUCAGGCCCAAAAAAAAAAAUUGAUGUCCUAAAUCCUUCUUGUUAGUUGUAUCAUUGUUUUUUUAAUGAUUGUGAUACCUCUGUAUUGACAAUUAUCGUUAUUAUUGUGUAUUACUGUAUGUAUUACGCGUUUCUAUUACAAGCUUGCGCAGAUAAUGGAUCAGUUCUUGUGUCUCCCACAAUGUUGCUGCUUAAUUUGUAUAUUUUUGAUAUAUAAACAUCUGAUAUCUUAUACUAUCACGCCAGAUUUGAGUAUUAUUAGAUUUAAUUGUUGAUUUA